UCGUAUACGAAUCCCGAACUCACCUCCAGUUGGCAGUCAGAUACCGUCCGGAGAAGUAUUAUAGACACACAUUUUCGUGUGAUUCGUGGACAGAUUCCAAAAAAAAAAGAGGAAAAGAGGGUAGGUGAAGACAAGUUGUCAAAAAAGUAAGAUUUCCUCUUGUGCAUUCCCACCUUUUCGGAAUCUCGUGUGUGUUAUUAAAAAAAAAGAAAAGAAAAGUGAUCAAAUAUGUUGGUGUUUUUGGUAAUCUGUGCCCAAAUUCUCAGUGAUACUUUGGCCAAUGAUAACCUUCAAGUGGCAUAUCAAUGGAAUCAAAUGGAUUUUAACUUUAGCAGUGCUGCACAUCGAGACAGUGCCAUCAAGUCCGGCUUAUAUAUUCCCAGUUCUGUAGUUCCAGUUGGUAUUGAGGUGCAAACUGAUAGACUAUUUAUCACGCUGCCCCGUUGGAAGUCUGGCGUACCUGCCUCAUUAGCCUUCAUCAAUAUGAAUGAAACCUUCACGAGAUCGCCCUUGCUGUCGCCAUUUCCCAAUUGGCAGGCACAUAGAUUCAGUGAACACGAACCACCAGAGAUAGUAUCUCCAUUCAGGAUUCGUGCAGAUCGAUGUGGACGACUAUGGGUGCUUGACACCGGAAUUGAUGAUCUUCUGGGUGAAAAUAAACGCAUCGUCAACACGCAACUACUCAUCUAUGAUCUUCACGAUGACAAUCUACUACGGCGAUUUGUCUUUCCCGAUGAACAAAUCAAGCAAAAGUCAUUCUUUGCCAACAUUGCCGUGGAAGAUGGUCAAUGCGACGAUACCUUUGCUUAUUCAGCCGAUUUGGGAUCACCAGGAUUAGUGGUAUACUCUUGGAAGCAAAAUGAAUCAUGGAGAGUGCACCAUAACUACUUUCAUCCUGAUCCACUGGCAGGAAAUUACAGUAUUACAGGUAUCAAUUUCCAGUGGGACGACGGACUUUUUGGUCUGGCUGUAUCAAAAGCUGAUCCAGAAGAUGGUUUUGCCACACUCUACUUCCACCCACUCAGCUCCACGCGAGAAUUUUCAGUAUCAACACGAUUUUUGAGAGACAAACAACUAGCUACAAAUGAUUCUGCCAUCUACAAAGAAUUCAAAAUUCUAGGAUCUCGUGGACCAAAUGGUCAAUCAGGAUCACAAUUCCUUGAUCAACUCACUGGUGUACUUUUUUACUCUCUGCCAAAUCUCAAUGCUGUUGCGUGUUGGCGAACAACCAACAAAGUCUACACUAUCAAAUCCCAAGGAAGGGUUUACAUGAAUGUCGAGGAUAUGCAAUUUCCAAAUGACAUCAAAGUGGACAAUCAGGAUCGUCUGUGGGUUCUCUCAGAUCGCCUCCAUCAGUUCAUCUAUGGCGAAUUAAAUCCUAAUGACAUAAAUUUCCGCAUUCUAACAGCUGAUGUGAAGGAUGCAAUUGAUCAUACAGCUUGCGAUACAAAACCCAAGACACUGCCAGAUAUAAUUACCAAAUUAGGUGACAUCCUGAGGCCACAGAAGCCCCCAGUCUCCGCCACAUCGAGUCAACAUCCAACGACAAUUUUCAUUCACACAUUCCUCUACAUUGCAAUAUAUUUUACUGCUGCCACAUUCAUGUGAAAAUUUUCGCUCAAAGAGCUUAUGCGCGAUUAUUUAUUAACUCGCUUCGUCAUUAUUACCAUUUUGUGGCCAUAAAAAAAAGCACAUUAAUAGUGCGUAUAUAUAGAUUGAACAUAGGAAUAUCACUAUUUUUCUUCUCAUAAUACAAAAUCUCUUUUUUCCCAAAAUAAAAAUCAAACGAACAAAAUGUACAAUUCUUAUUUGUGAAAAGUGUGUCUUAUAUAUCCAUCAUAUAACAUUUUUCUGGACAUUAUGUGUGCGCAGAUACAGCAGUUCCGUCCAUACUUCGCUGUUGCGUAACAAAUUAUAAGACAUACAAAUCAAGUUCAAAGUGAGAGUCAAAUACAAGAACAAAAAAAAAUAAAAAGUGAAAAAAUAUAUCGACAUUAUUAUAUCAAUUUGUUGUGAAAGUAUAAAUAUGUAAAUAUAUUAUGCGUUUCUUAAAUGAA